AUGCUGCGUUGCACGCUCGGCUGCCGGGCGCUGCCGACGGUGGAACGGCGCAAGCGGAAGGGGCAACCAACGCGGCCGGGACUUCCAGAUCUUCCAAAGAGUGCGGGCGGCUACGUGUUCCGGCAGUUGCGUCCCUACCUCCCUAUAGCGUGGCAGUAUGGGUGGCGGUGGAAAAUGCUCCAGGGACUGUGGCUCGGCUCAGCCCUUUCCUUUGCCGGUUAUUUGCUGUACGUUAUUUACCUCCGUGACUCCGAUGAGGCCAUUGCUGCCAAGGCGGCAAAGUACACAUAUGUGCGAAACGAGCGGGGAGAGGUGGUUGACAUUGGCUACAAACCGCUUAUUGAUGCCAGCCGCCGUGCAGAACGACGGGCCCGACGGUUACUGGAGGAGGAGGAGGAUGAAUGA